AUGAGACUGUUUAGACGAAAGAAGGUGCAAGAGAGGUCUAACGAUAGGAACGAUGAUGGAGAAUCUAAGACAAGUGACAAAAGAGACGUAGGUGAUAUACCUCCGCCACUCUUUGUGCUGCUGAAUUCUGUGCAAGAAAUGGACCGAAAACCGCCCGUCACACUUGUGCUCAUUGGCGUCAUGUAUUUGUUGCAUGUACAAGCAAGUCGAACACCAUCGCUGCUACUCCCUUUUGCAUUAUGUCCUGAAAAAGUGGUGGCUACUAAAAGUAUGGAAGCGGUGUUUAUUGCUCCUUUUAUCCAUUUCGAGGAUUUUCAUUUAUAUCAAAGCUUGGUGUCGCUGCUGUGGAAAGGGUACAAGCUUGAGGGACGGCUUGGAAGUAUAGGCUUUUGUGUGCUUUUGCUCUACUUGAUUGCGCUAUCUCAAGCUCUCAUUGUGUUUGGAGCUCACUUGAUCUCAUGGGGAGCAGCUCAAGAAUAUUUCACCGGAUUUUCCGGUGUCCUUACCGCAAUGAAGGUGAUUUUGACCGUUAACUCGCCAACAUUCACGACACUGUAUAACUUCAAGGUGCCUACGAAAUACGCAGCGUGGCUUGAGCUGUUUGUUACUUACCUCUUCGUCCCGAAGUUGCCAUUACUGGCCCAAGCCGCUGGACUCCUUACAGGCAUGCGAUCUGACACACUUAGCAAGUCCCGCAUUCUUCUCACUUGCUUGUCGUUUGCAAUUUCUGGUUCGAAUGGGGCUCGCGAAAAGAGCAUAUCGAUGGUGGCAAGUGUGGCCGAGAUUCAUUAA